AUCGGACCACAGCUGGAAAUGGCUAGAGCUGCAUGUGCGCUAGCGACGGAAGAUGAGCACUGCAUACACCAUCGAUGAGCUCCUUACUUUCUUUGAGGGUGAGUUCACUGAAGAGCAGAUCCGCCAGCACCUCGCGCGCGGUUCUGGCGGAACCGAGUUGGCCAAAGAUCACCAGGCCGAGCCGGUGAUCUUCGUGGGUGGUUUGAGCUAUCGCACCACCGAGGAGGCCUUGCGGGACUUCUUCGAACGGUGUGGGCCAAUCCAUUCCGCGCGUCUUUUCCGGGAUCCUUCUGGCCGUUCCAGAGGCUGCGGCCAGGUGCGCUUCCGGUCGCCCAGCAGCGCUGCCCACGCCCUACGGGAGGUCCUGGAGCUCGGCGGACGGGUGCUGCAGGUGCGACGCUUCAGACCAGGGAAGGAGCGGCCUACGGAGCGGGAGGUCUUCGUGGAGAGCCUGAGUUGGCACACCAAGGAGGAGCACUUGCGGCGCCAUUUCGAGGACUGUGGUGAGAUUGUGAGUUGCCAAGUCUUUUAUAAGAAGAAUGGAGAGCCCAAGGGCUGCGGCAGGUUGCUCUUCCGCACCGUAGAGGCUGCGCAGACGGCUGCCACCAAGCAUCUCUCUGACCUCGAUGGCUGGACCUUGGCCGUGCGCCCCGCCCUGCCGGCGACUCCACCGAUGGUGACACCGGUGGCCUUCCAUCCAGGGGUGUUUCAACUGGAGGGCACGCGAGAGAAGCUGAUGGAACGGAUGCCAGCAUUGGAACUCAAUGACUGGCUUCAGUUAUUGGAUCCCAAGGGUUUUCUAUUGAGAUAUCUACCGCUGAUGAUGGCCCAAGGCCAUCGCACCGUACGAGACGUGGCCGAACGGUACUUGGAAAGCGAUCGAGAUCGCGCUGAGAUCCGUCCGACCCGGUUGGAUCCUCGUCUCUUUGAGGAUUUGAAGAUCCGGAAGCUGGGCCACAGACGCCUGGUGCAGCGCUGGUUUGCCGAUUUGGAUCGAUUUGAAAAGCAAAAGAGGAGAGGGCCGCAGUGA